AUGCACUGCCCCAGACUAGCCCUGGUCCUGGGGUUCUGCCUGCUGGUGGGCAUGGCCCUCUGCUCUCUGUGGGUGUAUGUCGAGAACUGGCUGUCGGUCUCCUAUGUCCCCUAUUAUCUCCCCUGCCCAGAGAUCUUCAGCAUGAAGGUGCAGUACAAGGGGGAGAAGUCAUUCCAGCCCGUGACACGAUCACAGUACCCUCAGCCCAAGCUGCUGGAGCAAAAGCCCACAGAGUUCCUGACACUCACACCCUGGCUAGCGCCCAUUGUCUCCGAGGGAACCUUCGAGCCGGAACUUCUGCGUCAUAUCUACCAGCCGCUGAACCUGACCGUCGGGGUCACGGUGUUUGCCGUGGGGAAGUACACCCAGUUCGUCCAGCACUUCCUGGAGUCAGCCGAGCAGUUCUUCAUGCAGGGGUUCCAGGUGCACUAUUAUGUCUUCACUGACGACCCCACGGCCGUUCCUCGGGUCCGGCUGGGCUCCGGCCGCCUCGGCAGCAUCAUCCCCAGCCCGAGGCACUCCCGCUGGGAGAUCUCCACACGCCGGAUGCAGAGCAUCAGCCAGCACAUUGCUGAGAGGGCGCACCGGGAGGUCGACUACCUCGUCUGCCUCGAUGUGGACAUGGUGUUCCAGAACCCGUGGGGCCCCGAGACCUUGGGGGACCUGGUCGCUGCCAUUCACCCCGGCUACUUUGCUGUUCCCCGCCAGCAGUUCCCCUACGAGCGCCGGCCUCUUUCCACCGCCUUUGUGGCGGAUGGCGAGGGGGAUUUCUAUUAUGGCGGGGCGGUCUUUGGGGGGCGGGUGGCCAAGGUGUACGAGUUUACCAGAGGCUGCCACAUGGGCAUCCUGGCAGACAAGGCCAACGGCAUCGUGGCGGCCUGGCAGGCGGAGAGUCACCUGAACCGCCGCUUUGUCUCACAUAAGCCCAAAGUGCUGUCCCCCGAGUACCUCUGGGAUGACAGGAAGCCCCACCCCAGCCUGAAGCUGAUCCGCUUUUCUCCCCUCGACAAGGACACCGACUGGCUAAGAAGUUGA